UGCCCGCAUCUCCCAACAAGGCCCUAUGAGCAGACCGAGAAGCCGUGCCUCCUUUCUGAGUAUGCAGAAAAAUACCCCCUUUACGGCAGCAUUCAACCCAGGGAAUCAUGUAAGCCCAAAACAGACUAUGUUAAGCAGCCAGUGCCCAUGGAAGGCAUAUCAACUGCCAGGAGAGAUUACGUCCCUCAUGACGUGAAACCUAUAAAACUGAGACCUCCAGACCAAUAUGUCAGGAAUAAUGAAAAUAUGGACACACUGUCCACUUACAAGCAGGACUACAACAGUUACCCCAUUAACCGGGUGGCUCCUUGUUUGCCCAAGGAACAAAACUAUGCCUCUGAUGAGAAGAUGACCACAAUACCUACAUACAAAGGUGAUUACGUGGCAUGGAAUCAGCCCAAAAGGGACAUGAUUAAGCCAGAUACUACUUACCAUCCCCCAGAUGUAAAAUUUGAUCACCGGACCACUGUCCAGGAUGCUUAUCCCUACAAGGGUCCAGUUGUUACCAAGAGCUGCAAGCCUUUUCAGGCACCCCACCUCUCCAAGAUUCCCUUGGAAGAUAUGACAAACUACAAGUUGAAUUAUGUGUCACAUCCUUUGGCAAAACGCCAUGUUCACGAACCUGUGCCAUUCAAGCCCAGUGAUGUCCCAUUUGAUGGUCUCACCACACACAAUCUGUCUUACAAAGGGCUGGCAGGACAGCCUGCUAAAUCUUUUAAGCCACCGUAUAAAUUGCCAGAGCAAGACAAUCCCUUUGUUGGUACUACUGAAUUUCGGGAAAAGUUUCAAACUUGGCCAGCAGCUACUUUCUUUACCAGAAAACGCGAAGUCUACACACCACCCAAGAUCAAGAUGGACCUCAAGACAUCUGCACAGAUUCAUUAUGGAAAUCCUCAUGGCCGGCCAGCAACAUCAUGUAAACCUUUGACCUGUGUUCAAAAAAGUACAGAUCCUUUCGACCACAGAUCCACUAUGAAAGAUGAUUACCAGCCUUGGCACUACGCAAAACCAAAUGCCAUUCUCCCUAAAUCGACUAUCACGUUGCCAGUUGAACCCAUGGACACACUGACCACUUUUCAAACCCAUUAUGUGCCUCACCCAUUUUCUGUCACUAAAAGCUUCAGGCCCCGUGCACCUGGCCCUAAGCCACAGGCCCCAUUUUCCCAGGAAACCACCUAUGCCACAAGCUAUACCCCAAAGAAACCUGUCAUGUGCCCUGCUGCUUUCAAAGAGCCACCUGGUUAUGUAUUUGAAAAGGUUGAUAGAGAUGGCCACAGACGGUUCCGUCCUUCUUCUGUGGCCAAGUCCUGA